CUGGCUGUCUCCCACUCUGGAGACCAAAAAGUCUGCUGGAUAUGCUGGAAGCUGUCGUUGACGUCCCAGAUGAGGAGUCUGGAUUUGUAUCUGAUUAUGCAACACAUAUGGAGUUCCUUCCUAGAUUACAAAGAGACCUUCUGCUGCCUUGGGAGAAAAAUCUACAACUGACUUGAAAGCAACAAUGAAUCAGGACAUACUCUGAAAACCUGUUGAAGAGUGACAUACUAAAAAUGUCUUGCUUUGUAUGCUCAAAGCUACCCUUAAGAUAUUAUUGGCUUAAAUACCCAUAAUUGAAAGGGUUUAGUUUUUACUUUUUUCCGAAGAGAAGUUUCUCUGGAUCCAGAAGUAUUAUUUUUUUCUGUAAACUGAUUUAUUUCAGCUGGAGACUACACUGGUGUAGAGAUGACUGGAGCUCUGCAUACUGGACUCAUUCUCUUCUCCUUUAUGGUUGUAUGUGAGAGUGAGCCAACACAUGCUGAGCCAGACAGAUUGGGGGGUUCACAUGGACAGUCCGAACUGGUCCAUCUGACGUCUCAUUCAGCCUUCCGGCUGCUCAAUGACUCACUUGACUUUUCCAGAGCAGAGAGUUUUUGCAGAGGCCAGUUCAGCUCCCUCGCUACCCUGGACCAGACAGAGGACCAGGGAGGGGCCUUAGAGCUUCUUCAACAGACUGGACAUAAGUUACCUAUUUGGGUCAGGGACCCCAGCAAAGUAGCCUCCAAGCCUGUGGCCCUCGCCAAGCAGUAUGUACAGUUCUCAGCUCUAAACUUCACAAAGGAAUCCCGUGAGGGCUUUGCUCGUGUGAACAUGUCCUUCCCUGCCCUGUCAUCUGUCAGUGUGUGUGUUCGAGUUCAGUGGGACCCAGAGUGGAAUGAGGUGUCCACCAUCUUCUCCUAUGCUGCACCUGUCUUUACCAAUGAGUUCCAGCUACGAGGCCAAGCAGACAUGCAGGAACGCAUCCUGCUGGCGCUCAUCAUCCAUGGGAAGCACCUGCCUUAUAAGGCAUCCUUCCCAAAUGACGGUGCGUGGCAUCACAUCUGUGUAACAUGGCGCCGCAGCAUUGGCCACUGGGCUAUCUAUGUGGACGGUAUCAGGAAGGACAUGGGUUCAGGAACAGACACUUCCAGGGAUAUCCAUGGAGAAGGGAUACUCAUUCUGGGUCAGGACCAAGACUCCUUUGGAGGGAAUUUUACAGAGCCCUUUUUUGGAGCUAUCACUGACCUGAAUGUUUGGAAUAUGUCUCUGGAAACAAGACAUGCCAGUGCACUCAAUGCGUGUUCACCCAUGACCCAGGAAGUGCUUUUUAGUUGGAAUCCAGACUACCUUACCAGCCACCCAGUGGUCAAAGAGGUGCAGGCUCUUCUGUUUUGCCCAGCCGUAGACCAGCAGAUGGAGCUGCAGGGCUGCAGGACGCUGCAGCGCUUGUCAGAUCAGCCCCCACUGUUUGGUUUGACAGACUGUUCAGAACGACUGCCAUUCAUCUGCAGGAGCAGCAGAGAGCGUUACCUGAAAAUGAAGCAGAUGAGUGAGUCUCAGAAUUCUCAGCAUUCUGCCUUUAUGAACCAUCUGAUGAAGAUUUCCAACAAAACCCAGCCAAUGCUGGAGCAGCAACCAUCAGAGCUGACCAGCAUGGCCCAAGCAUCCGACCUACUGGACAUCUCUGUCCAGGCCUUGAAGGACACUCAGCAGGAGGGACUGCAGCCAACAGACAUGGUGUCCCUCAUUCAGCUACUCUCUUUGGCUGCUGACAUCCCCUCACAGCCGUCUGCUGCUGCCACCAGCAACAGCCAGGAGUUCAGCCAGCAUUUCAUCAGCGUGGCAGACAGCAUCAUUAAUGAAGAAAACGCCCUCAAGUGGCAGUCCAUUAGAGAGGUGGUGAAUGGCCCCAUGGAUGUGGUCAAGAGUAUUGACCGGAUGGUGACCAGCCUGAGCCCUCACUUGAUGGCAGAGACUGAUCAUCUGACCAUUCACCGCCCCAAUAUCAAAGUGGAGGUGCAGCAGCAGACACUGCAGGGAGGAUACAGAGGAUCAAUCUUCUGUGGGCCUGAGACAGAGAAGCAUACCAACCUAGACUGUAUUUCAGUACCACUUCAGAAGAUAGAGGAUCUCCAUAACAACGGCUUCAAUAAGCUCACGUUGGUCAAUACGUGGUAUGGUUCUCUGCCGCCUCUUUUCAGUCCUGAGGAGAACAUCACUAUGGUUCCUACGGUCACAGAUGGCAGCCAGAGGUAUUUGGGCACUGUCUUGGGCUCCUCUGUCAUAUCCACCACAGCGCUGGGAGAUGACCAGCCAGUGAGCAUGGCAGUUCACUUCCAGCUCCGACACAGAGUACAGAAUCCCACUGGUACUGUGUAUGAUCCAGUGUGUGCAUUCUGGGAUUUUGAUCUCACUCCGGAGGCUGGUGGGUGGUGGAAUACCAAAGGCUGUGAGGUAGUGUCCAAAGAAUAUGGCUACACUGUCUGCCAUUGCAACCAUACCACAAAUUUUGCAUUGCUGCUGCAGGUUUAUGAAGCCCAGAGGAGCCCAGAGAACGAAAACGCUCUGCAGGUGCUGACGUUCAUCGGCUGUGGAGUGUCUCUGUGUGGCCUCCUCUUCACCUUCAUCCUCUUCAUCGCUGUGGGUGUCCCUAAAUCAGACCGUACCACUGUGCAUAAGAACCUGAUAGUUUCUCUGGGCAUCGCUGAGCUGCUGUUAAUGUGCAGUGACUGGGCGUCUGCCAAUGAGGGAGCGUGCUUCAUGGUGACUGCACUCCUUCACCUCUUCUUCAUGGCGUCCUUCUCCUGGAUGCUAGUGGAGGGCCUGCUGCUCUGGAGCAAAGUCGUGUCAGUCAACAUCAGUGAGGACCGCAGGAUGAAGCUCUACUACAUCAUUGGCUGGGGACUGCCUGUUCUAAUAGUUGGUGUAACACUGGCAGUAUCAGUGGACAAGUACAAGGCAGAUGAUCACUGCUGGCUCAAUGUGAAGACUGACACCAUCUGGGCCUUUGUGGGACCUGUAAUAUUUGUCUUGGCGGUCAAUGCAGUUGUGCUGUGUCGGGUUGUCAUGGUGACUGUUUCCAGUGCUCAUCGUCGUGCUAAGAUGCUCAGUCCAAGCUCGGCAUCAAAGUUGCAGACCUUUGACCUCACCUGGGCUGUGACACGUCCGGUGCUCAUCCUGCUGCCUGUGCUGGGUCUGACCUGGCUGUGUGGGGUGCUGGUCCAUCUGUCUGUUGUAAUCGCCUAUGUCUUCAUCGCUCUUAAUGCCUUCCAGGGACUGUACAUCUUCUUAGUGUAUGCUGUUUACAACAGUGAGGUGAGGAAUGCCAUAAAGAGGAUCAAAGAAAAGAGAAAGGCCUUAUCUUUCACGAACUGUUCCCAGCCAACCAGCUUCCUGCCUUCCCAAAGGGCCCCAAUUACCUCCUGGUGCCACAGUCAACCAACCCCCUCCAGCCCUGAGACCAGUGAGACCUCUGGACCCCCCAGUUCCACGUCCACAUCAUUGGUUAUCAAGAACGAGAGUUUCAGAACUAACAGCUUUGUGAGUUUCUCUCUAAAACCAGCAUCAGGAAACCAGGUGGUCCAGCUGACUGCAUUCAAACCAUCAGGCUGUUGAACUGAAAGUGGACCCACACAUCCACAGACACCACCUGAUGAAGAGCACAGCCACACUGAUGAGUGUGAGCGAGAACCAGCAUGAAGCAGAGAUACACCUCACUGCUCAGAGGUCAGAUCAAUAUUCAGAUCUGAUCACUUAUUUAUCUGACCCUGUUUUGUAAAAAAAAAAAAUCACUGAGGAAAGUCUGCAGUGAUGCAGCAAACAAAUCCAAAGUCAGGUUUGAGAAUACUAUUUUAUUCUCCACAGACAUUGACAGACAGUGUUUGUGAACAGACUUUAUAGGAUAUUGUACAGUAGAUAUAAUAUAGUAAUUAAAACUGUAGACAGUAGUUUUUCAUAAUAAUGUAACAGACAUAAUGCUGUUGUUGUUCACUUCUACUGUGGUGGAGGCACAGCUACCUGAAAACGUAACUAAAUAAAACUAAACCACUGUAUUUGCUUGACUACAUAGUGUAUUUUUCACUAUUAUUCACUAAAUGUUAUUUAGAAUAUCACUGGCUCACCUGUACCCACAGGUCCACUUAAAUGUACCUCAUCAACUUGUAUGACUCAACACUGGGCCCAAUUCUUUGCUUUCAAACCUGUGGCCCAAAAUAUUCUCCUAUAGUAUAGUCCUAUAACUUUUUUUUUUGUCUCGCUGUAAAGUGUACUGUACUUACUGUCCUGUAAAUAGUAGAUAUAAUAUAGUAUUAGAUUGUAUCCUUACACCUCAACAGGCAUUGGGCUGUAAAACACAACCAGAUAGUGAGAGUUUGACACAGAUGUUUGCAUUAACAUCCUAGAGUUGUUCAAAAGACAUGAGAAACAGUCAUCUUUUUCUUUAUUAUGAAAAGCAGCAGCCAUCUUACUCUCUCAUCCCUACAGCAGAGAUCACUGUACGCUGAGAAAGUCUGUGGAUAUCCCAGAGGUGUGUGUGUGUGUGUGUGUGUGUGUGUGUGUGGCCUGCUAGGAGUUGUAGUGUAGCUGCUGAAUUACGUGUAUAUGUAAAACACAUUAUACAUAAUGAUUUUUGAUGAUAAUGUUUUCUAAGUCAGACAAGGCUAAACAACAGCCACAUAGUAGCCCCUUUUCUACAGUCUGUUCAAUUCAGGAAUGUUGGACCUUUUUUCUGCCUCGCUGGUCUCUAUAAAUGAUACGAACACAGAAUGGGGGGGAGUUGUUCUACCUUGAUGCUGGAAGUAGAGGUACUCUCACAGCCGGAGUGAUGACUGUUUAUAAGUAGUGGGACUGACCUCGUGGGACAGGAUGCAGACGCUGUUGUGUUACCGACAGCGCACUUCAUCUUACAUCACAUGGUGGCUUUGUUUGGUUCAUUUGAAAAAAGCAAAGGCAGCAUAACGAGGGGUCACAGUAUGAGCUCUGUAUCAUUUGUACAAAAUGAUAAACGUCAUGCAAUGAUAGCCGACACAAGUGGAGCUUUUCUUCAUUGAUUUUUAUUGUUAUGAUGCUAUUACAAUAAAAUAUAUUUAAAGAAAACAAAA